CGGGAUUUGUCGGAAUAUGGGUUGAUAAAAAAAAACUACACAGCUCUGGUCUGUAUGUCAACUAGUUAGCUUGUUAGCACCUUCCCCAUCCUGGCGUUCUAUUAUUUCCAAACUUUCUUCAUUUUAUGGGAGAUAUUUUUCCUGUCAGAUUUGAGUUAAAGUGAGAUUUGCUGUGUUUAGUUUACUUGUAUACUGAGUUUGUUAUCCGCGGCUGGUUUACUUUUGGAUUAGCUUUUGAUACCGGAGAUAGUUUAGCUGGCUACCUAGCUAGCUAGCGAGAGUAAAGAGAGGCAGUGUAAAUGGGGAACAGCGCUCUCAAAGCUCACCUGGAGACCUCACAAAAAACCGGAGUGUUUCAGUUAAGGGGUAAAAACCUGCAGGAGUUUCCAGAGGAGUUACAGCGGCUCAGUGGGAAUCUGCGCACUGUCGACUUGUCUAACAACAGGAUCGAGACGCUGCCCGCGUUUAUAGGAAACUUCCAGCACCUGAAGAGUCUGACCAUCAGCAACAACCGUCUGACCAGUCUCCCUGCCGAGAUGGGGAAGCUGAGUAAGUUGGAGACGUUGGUGUUAAACGGUAAUCAGCUCGCUCAGCUCCCCACCUCGUUCUCUCAGCUGAAAGCUCUGCGCACGCUCGGUCUCUCGGCCAAUCAGUUCAGGGAAUUUCCCAGCUUCCUCGGCUCCCUGCGUCAUCUCGACGUCCUGGACCUGUCCAAGAACCGCAUACAGGCCGUUCCUGCCGAGGUGUCCGAGCUGCAAGCCAUCGAGAUCAACCUCAACCAGAACCAGAUCUCGGCUCUGUCUCCGGAAGUUUCUCGCUGCCCGAGACUGAAGGUGCUCAGGUUGGAGGAGAACUGUCUGGAACUCUCCUCCAUCCCCUCCACCAUCCUCUCACAGUCCAGUGUGGCUCUGCUGUCCGUUGAGGGAAACCUGUUCGAGGUGAAGAUGCUGCGCGACCUCGACGGAUACGACCAGUACAUGGAGCGGUUCACGGCAACGAAGAAGAAAUUUGCAUGAAGGACAAAAAAAACAACAAAUAAAUGGGUAACUAGGAGCACGGCAGAAAAGUAGAGAAAAAUAUUUCAAUGAAGGUUAAAACUCCAGCGCUGAGUUCCUGCUGUACGGAAAACUUCAGUGAGGAACCAGGAAACCAGCCUGUGUCUGGAAGCAUAUAACACACUACGGUAUAACCUGAAGGUGUCAUUACGAUUACAACAUACGGUUCUUCUGUUUUACUCUCAUAUUAACAGCAGUGUGAAGACAACGAGUGUUAAAAACUAAAGGCUCCAAUACUGCACUAACACACUUUAACGUCUUUACACACUCUGAAAUACAGGUGAUAAAUUCUCAGCUAUCAUUA